AUGGCCCAACACAAGAUCCACGUGGCCGUGUUAGACGCCGACAUUCCCUGCCUCUCAGUAUACAAAGCACGAGGUCUAUACAGCUCGCAGUUCCGCGUCCUCCUGCAAGCAGCUGCUCAGCGGCUGAAUAAAACCCCAGAAACACUCCAGAAAGGACCUCUUGCCGUUCAUGUAACGGCCUUCGAUGCUGUAGGCGGGUCCCUACCUCCUCUGGAAACUCUACGAACCAACCCACAGUCCCCAGCCGAGCCUCACGCCGGCGAGCCAUUGAGCCCAAUAGAUGCAAUCCUAAUCACGGGCUCAGCGUCCUCAGCCUACGAAGAUCAACCGUGGAUCCACGCAAUGCAAUCUUUCAUCCAAACAGUGCACACCCAUUACCCAAACAUAAAGCUCUUUGGCUCCUGUUUCGGGCACCAGAUAAUCGCCCAAUCCCUCCUCAGCACCAAAGCAAAUCCCAACAACCCACCGAAAUCAACAUUCCAUGUUGCACCCUCGCCCGCUGGCUUCGAAAUGGGCAUCCAACCUAUCACCCUCCAGCCCUCCUUCACCGCGCACUUCCCACCUCUCGCGCGUGCCACGGCUCAGAACCCAUUCCGCAUCCAGCUCGUUCACGGUGACGCAGUUGUGCCGACGCCCGAGGCUGAAGCUGCCGCGGACCAGACGGGAGUCUCGCUGCCAGCGCCGUGGUCUAGUAUCGGGAGUAGUGCGCAGUGCGCUAUCCAGGGUCUUUAUAACCCCGGCCGGGUCUUGACGUAUCAGGGUCACUUUGAGUUUGACACUUUUGUCAAUGGGGAGCUUGUGCAGGAGUUUGGGCGUCGCGCUGGUUGGUCGGCGACUUUUGUGGCAGAGUAUUUAGAGCACAUUUAUCGCUCACGCGUUCCUGGUUUGGAGGAUGAUGAUGAUGCUAAGGCUGCUGCUGAGGCGGUUUUAUUGUUCUUUGCUGGGGAGGAUGGGGAUUUGAUGGGUGAUGGUGGUGGUACUGGUAUUAUUACACCUCCGCUGGAUUGA